AUGUCCGGAAAAGAUCCAGAUUAUUCAUUUUUUGAGAAUUUCGAAAGUUGUUAUAAGAUAGAAUGUAAAAAGGAACAAGCGAACUUUGUUACAGAAUAUACGAAUUAUUGCAAGGAUACACAAUUUACAUAUAAUAAUGGUAAUCAAGUUGUACAUAUUUGUAAAAAUAUGGUAAAACUUUAUAACAGUGCAAUAUUAGAACAUGGUUAUAGCAAAAAACAUUUUACCCAAAAUAAUGUUCCAGAAUUCAUUAACUAUUGGAUAAAUAAAGAAUUAACCAAAGCUGGGAUUAACGAUGAUAUGAGAUCACAAUUUUGCAAAAAACUCGAUUCUAUAACUCAUAAUUUUGAUAACCAACAGCUAUUAAAAAAUAAAAUAUAUGAUAUUAAAAAAAAGGAUGUUAAAGCUAUGAAUAUAUUAUACGAAUUUUAUAAAAUUUUUUAUGAAUUAGCACAGAAAGGAAAUAAUUAUUUGCAAGAUUUUCUUGUAAAUUUUAGAAAGAAUUAUAAUGAAGGAUUGAUCAAAUGUUUUAAUGGGGCUGAUGUUAAGUUUUGUCAUGAAUUAAAUAAAUAUAUAAAAUUUUAUGAACAAAGAAAAGGUCAAUUAUCAAAUAUAUGUGAUAAUAACAAAUGCCCCUCUUUAAAAAAAUUAACAUUAUUAUUAUCACCUUCAAAAAAAGAACUUUUAAACAUUGCUGAAAAUGGUUACAAAUUAAUUGGGAGUUUACACAUAUCAUACUUAGACGGACUUUAUUCAACGGAAACUGACGAUGUAUAUUAA